AUGCUGAUGCUUCCAGGGCAGAACCAGACUUGGGUUUCUGAAUUCAUCCUGCUUGGCUUCUCCAGUGAUCCCACGACCAACAGGAUCCUCUUCACUGCGUUCCUCCUCCUCUACCUGAGCUCAGUCCUGGGCAAUGGGCUCAUCGUCACCCUGAUCUGCCUGGACACACGUCUCCACACCCCCAUGCACUUCUUCCUCUGCAUCCUCUCCCUGAUGGACAUGGGCUACGUGACCACCACGAUGCCUCAGAUGUGGGUGCAUCUUCUCUCUCACUCUCAGACCAUCUCCUUUGCUGGGUGCUGGCUGCAGAUGUAUGUGUUUGGCGCCCUGGGCAUAUCUGAAUGCAUCUUGUUUGUGGUCAUGGCUUAUGACCGAUAUGUGGCCAUUUGCUACCCACUGCGUUACACUGUCAUCCUCAGUUGGGACCUGUGCACACGGUUGGCAGCUGGGACAUUGACCUGUGGUUUCCUGGCUUCUCAGAUCCACACCUUCCACACCAUGAGGCUGCCAUUGGGCCCCAACAAGGUCAACCACUUCUGUGAUGGUCCCUCGGUUUGGAGCUUGGCUUUCAUGUAUACCCACCUCAUUGAGAUGGUGGAUCUGGUCCUGAGUGUCUUUCUGGUUGUUGUUCCAAUUUCCCUCAUUGUGGCCUCCUACAUUCAUGUCACCAAGGCCAUUCUCAAGAUCAAGUCCAUCCAGGGCCGCUGCAAGGCUCUCUCUACUUGUGCCUCCCACCUGACAGUGGUCACCCUCUUCUAUGCUCCAGCCACCUACAUCUACAUGAGGCCCAUCUCCAGCUACUCCCCAGAGAGAGACAAGCAGGUCUCACUCUUUUACAAUGUCUUCACAGCCUUGAUCAACCCUGUGGUCUGCAGUCUGAGGAACAAGGACAUUAAGAGGGCUUUUCUCAAGAUGAUGGGGCAUGGUAGGGUGGCCUGGUAA